AAAUUGCAGGAGGGCCUAUCAUUUAUCCAUUAUAUAGGUUUUGUGCGCAACUUCAAUUCGUCAACCCAGAGGAAUGAAAACUCUGCAGAUCAUUCUCUUGAUCUUUCUCUCUCUGUUUGGAGCCUUCUGUUAUUCACUGCCUCUUUCAACUAGGGGAAGAUGGAUAGUCGACAGUGAAACUGGGCGUCGUGUGAAGCUGACCUGCUUGAAUUGGGUUGCCCACACAGAAACAAUGGUGACAGAGGGUCUUCACACACAGCCCAUCAAAGAUAUUGCUGCUAAGGUGACUUCAAUGGGGUUCAACUGCAUCCGUCUCACAUAUGCAACCUUCAUGUGGACAAGGCCAGACUACAGCAACAAGACUGUGGCUCAGUCUCUUGAUUCUUUCAACCUCACCCAGGCCAGAGAAGGAAUAGCUCGGAACAAUCCCCAGCUGUUGAAUCUCAGCCUUCAGGAUGCCUAUGAAGCUGUUGUUGAUGAGCUUGGAGCAAAUGGGCUCAUGCUUGUGCUUGAUAACCAUGUUAGCAAGCCAAUGUGGUGCUGCGCCAGAAAGGAUGGAAAUGGUUUCUUCGGAGACAUGUUCUUCGACCCCAAGGAAUGGAUAGAGGGUCUAACACAAGUCGCCAAACGGUUCAAGGGAAAACCUCAGGUGGUGGCAAUGAGCAUGAGGAAUGAGAUACGAGGCCCACGCCAAAACCUGCCGGAUUGGUAUAAAAACAUGAGAGAAGGAGCAAAAGCAAUUCACAGCACCAACCCAGAUGUGCUUGUCCUGGUUUCAGGCUUGAAUUUCGACAAGGACCUCAGCUUCUUGAGCACCACACCAUUCGGACUGACACUAGACAACAAGGUGGUGUAUGAGGCGCACUGGUACUCCUUCGACUUCACCCAGCAAUGGCAGACUCAGCCCCUGAACCGGGUUUGCCGCCAGCGCGCAGAUGAGUUCCAGAGGGAAGCAGCUUUCCUUAUCACCGGCGACAACGCGGCUCCUCUUAUUAUCAGCGAAUUUGGCGUUGAUUUACGGGGAGUAAACCAGGCUGAUAACCGAUACUUCAACUGCUUGCUUCCCACCGUUGCUGAAAAGGACUUGGACUGGGCGCUGUGGACUCUGCAAGCCAGCUAUUAUUACCGAGAGGGGAAGGCCGGGCCUGAAGAGGUAUAUUCUGUCCUGGAUUACAACUGGGACAAGCCCCGAGAUCCAAAAUAUCUAGAGAGAUUGACCAUCCUCCAACAAACUAUCCAAGAUCCAAACUCAACUACCCUAUCGUACUACUUAAUUGUCCACACCGAAAGUGGGUUUUGCGUGAACGUUGAAGGAGAGGACAAUGUUCAUGGAAGCAGUUGCCGAGAGCGGACUAAAUGGAGUCACGGUGGAGAUGGGUGGCCCAUUAGGUUGGUAGGUGGUGAGCUGUGCCUGAAGGCUGUUGGCGAUGGAGUUCCCGUGACACUUUCUACUGAUUGUAAGAGCCCAAGGGCCACUUGGAAACUGGUUUCAGACUCAAGGCUUCACGUAGCUGCCAAGGAUGAACAAGGGAACUCACUGUGUUUAGAAGCCACAAGUUCAAACUACUCUUCAAUUCUGACAAGGAGAUGUGCUUGUGUAAAGAAUGAGGCUAACUGUGAUCCUCAGAGCCAGUGGUUUAAGCUUGUACCUUCCAAUUUAUCCUAGUUUAUACUCUUGGAAAAAAAUAUGGGAUUCAUGUAAUGAUUAUAGAGGAAGAAACUGGCUUGUGUGGCUUUAAUUAUUAAU